AUGUGUCAACCAUACAAUACCAACAACAACGGACCUGCGUCCGCUGUAAAUUCCUUAAGUUCUCAUGUGUCUGCGCUGAAUGGCUAUUUCCUGCCGCUUCGGUUGCCGGCACUCAUGAGGACCGAUGAAUCGCAUACGGCGUUACACCCUCGGUCCAGGGCGUUUGAGAAAGAGAUGAGAUCUGCUACAUGGCAACCGACGCUCCAGUUCGAGUCGAAUGAUAGAUCCGAUAAGCGCAGAGGGAUACAAACGAAGGAUGGACGGGGGAGCUCGCUAGAGGGCAGCACGCUCAGUGGCAGCUCCCGCGACGCAGACAGAGGUGGUCGAGCCCAACGGCGAGUGCACAGUUCCGGUGGCUUCUUAGUCGAUUCAUCAUUUCUACCGAAAUCGAUAAGUCUCCGAACCAGUCAUCAUCAAGCCCGUCGCUCAGAACCGGACCAAAGAGAGAAGCGUGGAGCUCCCGAAAGCGAUAUCACGGUGUCAAAGAAGCGGUCGCGUUUUCCCUGGAGUCGCCAGAAAGAGACUGCGAAAGAAACACCGCCCGUAUCGAUAGAAGGUGAAUCUUCCCGGGAACCGCCUGCUCCUCAACAACAUGUGCAACAGGAUGCGACAACUCAUGCGUUAUAUCCAAUGCCAGCUGAACACCGGGCUUCUAUGGGCCUUGAUAAGGACUCGCUACAAAUUGUAAAUCUGGCCUUGAACUUGAGUGAAUCAAGGAAAUUCAAUACUCUCGGUCGUUCCGCCUCGAAUCGUCUCUCAGGAGGUCGAUGGUCCACAUCGGCUGGUCAAGCCACUGUACCUUUUGCUGAAAGUCAUGCACCAGUGGCGGCGAGUGGUUUCGGGCAAGAUAAUUCUCACGUACAUCGCAACCUCCCACAACCGUUUGAAGGUCAGAGCAAGCCAGUGGGAUUAUGGCACGAGGGCCCCAUGGCAAAUGCGACACCCUCUGUAUUGAGUCUCUUACCCCCAUCAGCAGGUUCAAAUUAUUCCCCCCAUACAGCCUCAGACAGCACCCUAGCUCGGGCAGAAAACGCCAAACGGCAUUUUGAACUGUUCACCGAGUAUCUACGUCUACUUCCAUCUCUGCCUCCUCUCCAGUUGCAUGACACACGUUCUACAACUGAUUCCAACCCAGCCAAUGAUGACAGACCAUCCUCCGGUCGAGUCUACAAUCCUCUCCAGGUUAUCCGUAAUCGGAAGGUUAGAUUCCGGGAGCGAUGCCCGAUUGACCCGGAGGCAGAAGGAUGGCAUGAUGUCGAAAAUGUUCGUGAUUGGGUUACCUCCAUUGAGACCAAGUACAGCCAUCAAGAUCAUAACACUUCACAAUGCCUGAGGUUGCCUCCUUUUCGGCACAGGGCGCUUGAUGUGCCUCAGAAAGAGCGGAAUGAAAAGGAACCUUGGGCCGCUUCCCCACCGUCAAGUUUGAAGCAAAUCAGCCGUACGAGCAGUACCAAGGCCUACAGGCCGAGGUUUGACUGGAUACUCUCUCCAGCCGAGCUACUGGCGGAUGCUGCUUGGGUUGAACACGUCGCAAAUAAGAGUAGGAUUGUCGAUCGGGAAGGAAAUAAUCUGUACCCAGAUGCCACCGUGUUGGUUGAUCACGAUACUUAUCAGCAUAUCCCAGAAUCUGAAGAACAGCUUCCAGCCACAGGGAGGCCUAUGGAAGCAGAGGUUGCUUCUCGUACUUCUCUCUCCGACUCUCAUCCCGGUUUGGCCGAGUUUAAAAGGAUUGGUCGUGGAAGGAGACGGCAUAGAUUCAAAAGCCCUUCGCGUGUCGUUCACAGCCAAAGUAUCUCGAAGAAAGGUUCAAGUUCCCGAAGGCGCAAGUUAGGAAUAGGAUCAAGCAGCUCUUCAAGUAUAUCUACCCUGGAUGAAAGACCCUCUUGGGCUUCUCGUAUGGAUGAUGUACUACAAUCUGGACGAUCGAUCUCCCCAACGUACAGUAUGUCCAUACAGAAAGAGCCUGCAGCGCCACACGACGAAGGCUCUGCAGAUGAGACUUCUGUACCGACUCAGGGUUUUGCUGGCGCGGGCAAGGUCGAGGGGAAAACCGGCUCCGUAUCCUCAGCUCCAAGUCGUGAUGAUCGAUACGGCCCUCUGGCAUCCUCCACCAUAGUAGACCCAAAAGUUCCUACUACGCCUCUUCAUAUGGGCUUUUUCCCUGGCAUUGCGUCCAAUUUAUCGUCUCCAUCAAGUCGUUCUCCAUCACCAUCCAAGGCGCGCCUCCAGCGGUCUAUCACGUCCCGGCAUGACCGGAGCAAAAGCAAUACUCAGCCUGUUGCAGAGGACAACUCAUUCGAUUCUGAGGCUUUGCGUAAAUACAGUACCCCAGGACGCACAGAUGCCUGGCCUCGGCCAGGUAAAGUCGAAUCAAGUCCUCUACCAGACCGAAUUCCCCAUGUUCAUCACAGCGACCAAACAAAAGUUGGCGUACAUGCACGGAAAGGAUCUUCCGGACAACACGAGUCCAAACUACGUGGUAUCUUCCGAGGUCCAGGGAAGCUUGCAGAGAAAGUCAGCAACGAAGUGUCGAAAAUGGGCGGUCUCAUUUUGAAGAAAGACAGUACCGUACACUCUCGGCAGUCAUCCUUUGCGACCAGUGCUGGUGCAGACGAAGGGGACGUUUCUGACAGCAUAGAGCCGUUUGACAAGAACAAAGUUACACAGCUUGAGGACACCAAUAAGGACAACAAUCUCGGUGCCAUGACCCCUUCACACCAAGCCCCCACGUCGUCAGAUGACGUGAGCCGCCCUACUCGCAGAGGGCCGGAGAACGCAGGUGCGGAGGGUUCUGUGCGAUUACCAUCACGGUUAUCCUCUCCCAUCCGACAAGGGGACCUCGAUGAAGAUCGUGGAGUAUCUGAACUUGGUCGCCGUUCCAAAGAUGACCUCAAAUCGCAAAACUAUGGCAUGAUAAAAUCGCAGAGAAAAGACAGAGGUAUAUCGACUUCAAUGCUCCACCACCAUCACCCGACUUGUGGCCCCGAGAAAUCAUUUGGCUUUGGGCCUGAGCUGCACACCAUCAGGGAAGAAAUACGGAAAGGCCGAAUUAAGGAUCCAUCUGUCCCGUUCAGCAUGACUCGCCCCCCUGUCACGGGUCUUGCGCAAGCAAAAGUGACUCCUGCGUCGUCUUCUCAAGAAAGACAGCCUAUAAGCUCAGAUCAGUCACAGAGCUGGAGUAUUUCUGAGCGCAGUAUACCUACGGAAGUAGAUAUCGGGUUGCCUGGAAAACGGGAGGUUGCACGCACGCGAGCUCUCCUGCUUUCUUCGGGGAUUAAGGCGCGUGAGAUUACUCGUCGGGCUGAGAGCGUGCAAGAUCCACCCGAGUUCCUUCAACAAGCAUUUGAGCCAAAUACUCCGGUUCCUCGAGUUCCUCGCUGCCAUGAGUACGAACUAGCUGUGCAGACCCUGCUGCACAGAGUCGAAGCAUCGCAUAACCGGUUCCAGCGGUCAAUCGAUAACUACCCCGGAGAGGAUUCGUCGGCAUUAAAGUCUCAACUCCACGACCUUGAAAAUCUGGUCCAGAACGCGUUGAAUCCGCGUGUCAGAGCCGCAGCUCAGGAUGCUGAAGAUUUAAGUAUCCAGCUUAACACCACCAGCACCCUGGCGGUCAAACAGCUCAGUGACGUACUUGACAAAGGGAUCCGGAAGCGCCAUCGCCGGCUGCGUUGGCUUCGCCGAACGGGGUUUGGAAUGCUGGAAUGGGCGCUCGUGGGAGUUUUAUGGUGGGUGUGGUUGAUUGUCAUGGCCUUUAAGCUCCUUCGAGGUGUUCUUCGGGGCCUGGUUUCGGCUGCUAGAUGGGUUCUAUGGCUGUGA